UAUCAGUUUUAGCCGUGAUUAUGCCUUAAAUUUAGAGUUUUGGACAGCAGAUUUGUUAAUAUAUGAUCAAUGAAGAGAUAUUCUUUGGUUAAAAGAUCCAGUGACAGCUAUUAACAUGAAAGUUUCGACUGCCUGUAGCUUUUUGAUGUUUUACAUUAGUUCUUGUGAAGUACAAUCAGAGGAAGGAUUUAGUCUUGAACCAACCACACUAUCCUCGCUGGACUCCCUGCCUGGAGACACAACGACAGGGGAGGUAAAUGGGGCACAGUUUGUUCCCUUACCUUACCCCUCUAGUGAACCUCAAAACAGUGACAACCCAUCCUUCAUACAGCCUUCAUUCUCCCAGUCUCUCAAUGGACAUAGAAAUAAUAAAUCAAUAUUGAACAGAAGUAUAAAUCCUUCUCAGACUCGAUAUACUACUCAGAACUCUUACAGCACCAUGGGGGAAGAUUAUGAUGUGCUGAAACUUCUUGGAUCCUCAAAAACAAUUCAUCAGAAAACCUCAUCUAUAGAAAUUGCUUCUUCUUCACCCAUGUCUCUUACAUCUCAACCUCAGAUCUCCAUGUCUCAACAAGAUGGCUUGUCUAAAACUUCAGCCCUUGGCACAGAACCUCUGUCAUCCCAGUGGGCUCUCUAUGACACUAUGUUAAAAACUCAAGACUCUGUCAGAAUCCAAAGCUCAGCAGCUAUGACCAUUACAAGCUCAGCGAUUAGUCCUGUUAGUGUGCCCAAACCAAGAAGCGGUAAAGUGAGUGUCUCAUGUAAACCAUGGUCCUGUCCCAUGCCCACAGAUGUAUGUAUCCCACUAAAAGGAGGAAAAUUUCUCUGCUCCUGUAAGCAAGUGUAUGGAAGAUAACGAUAAUGGUUACAGAAGUUUUCGACAGAAACAUAUAUUUCUUGAAUAAGAAGUGUUGUGGACUCAAUGUUCUCAGGUGAAUUAUGAUCAGGAACAGCAUUUGAAAUGCCUAUAGGAUUAAUUGCUCACUCUGAAGUCCAUGAUUUCAGUAUGAAUGUAUAGAACUGAGUGAAAAUUUCUUUUAAAAAAUUUGGAGAGAUUCUUGGCAUUUGUAAUCUGAAAUGUGGAAUAGGAAUAUAGAUAUCGAGGAAAAGGUAGCAAGAAUAUAUGGAUUCUUAGUUCUACCUUUUCCACUCAUUUACUUUGUUAUAUCAUAUGCUGUAUCAAUUGUAUUACUGAAGUAGUUAAGUAUUUAAUUUAUGCAACCCACUUGAAAAGUGGGAGGUCAUAUAGUGAUCAGGAUGUCUGUCUGUCUGUCUGUCCAUCCACCCGUCAGUCAGUUAUGCUUUGGGGUACCCAUAUCUUACCUGCAACUCCUCUUCUACCACUGAUAGUUGUUCCUAUUUUACUUUUAUGAUUGAACACCUAAUUAUGUUGGGUAUCCCAUACCUAAACAUGAAUACUGCCUGACUGCCAUUCUUUCUAAAAUAAUAUUAUUGAAGGGUACCCAUCUCUUUUCCGCAGCUCCUCCUAUACCACUGAAUAAAAUUUAAUGAUACUUUCACAGAUUCUUUGUUACACAAUGCAAUUGUGCACCUUUUAUUUUACUUUUUGAUCUGAUACUUACUUCAAGUCUCCCAGAGCAAAAUAUGGACUUUGCCAUUACAAUAAUAUGGGAGGCUGGGGUAUCAUUGAGUGAGCUCAGUGCUCACAGUAUCUUUAGUUUUGAUUUUAUAAAGUAUAUUGUGAUACAUUUUACAGGAGGAAGAAUGAAUUGUGCAAUCAACUCUAUACAUGUACAUGUAAAGCACUGACACAGUCAUACUGGGUCCUGCAAUGUGCUCAUCUUAGUAAAAUGAUAAUUAAAUUUUUUACAUCAAUUUAUUUUUUGUAACAUUUUGAAAAGAAUUAAUUUUACAUUUUUGAUUUCCAGGGACCAAACUGAAAGCCAAGACACUAAAAAUAUAAAGCAUGUUUUAAUCAAUCACAUUCCUUAUAUCAAACAAAAACAUAUAUGAACAUAGAUUGAUUAUAUUAUCAGAUCUCAAGAACUAUUAAAUGAUCAAAAUAUUUUAGCCAAAUUGAGCUAACAUGGCCGUAAGACCCCCCCCCCCCCCC